AGGAAGCAACUUGUUUUUCUCUCUGCUGAGGACGCACGGAUGAAAGACGACACUUUAUCGCUAAAUUCAAGACUUCCCAGUGAAGAACGACUGCAAUAGUACCACAGGGAAUACUGGGAAUACUGCCAUUGGCAAUGUACUGUACCUGCUGCUGACACUACACAAAAAUAAGACCUAGGAGGAUCAUAAGGAAAGUGAAAGUAACUUGACAGUAUAGAGAGGAACUAGCUGCAACAUGGCGUCUAAAUUACAGGAAGAUCUGUCGUGUCCCGUCUGCAAAGAUAUAUUUAAAGAUCCAGUCAUCCUGUCAUGUAAGCACAGCUUCUGUAAUGACUGUUUACGGAAAUACUGGGCAAACAGAAACGAUUUGGGGUGUCCAGUCUGCAAGAGGAAGUCUUCAAAGGAGUUUCCACCUGUUCAUUUUGAGCUGAAGAAGCGCUGUGAGGCUUUCUUACAGGAGCGAGCCUCUGAGCCCGUCUGUAGUCUGCACUCUGAGAAACUCAGCGUCUUCUGUGUGGAUGAGCAGCUGCUACUGUGCAGCAUCUGCGCAAAUCAAGAAGCUCACAGAAACCACCGUUUCCAGUCUGUUGAUGAAGCAGCUCAGGACCACAAGAAAAAACUUGAGGAUUCCUUAAAACCCCUGAAAAAGAAAAUGAGGGCCAUCCGUGAGGUUAAAGGGACAUGUGAUCAAACAGCAGAGCAUAUUAGAGCUCAGGCUGAAAGCACAGAGAGGAGCAUUAAGGAGCAGUUCCAGAAGCUUCACCAGUUUCUAGAAGAGGAGGAGGCAGCCAGGUUGGUUGCACUGAGGGAGGAAGAGGAGCAGAAGAGUCAAGUGAUGAAGGAGAAGAUUGGGGCUCUGAGCAGAGAGAUAACAGCACUUUACCACACCAUUAAAGAGACAGAGAAUGAGCUGAGAGCUGGUAACGUCUCAUUUCUGCAGAACUACAGAGCUGCAGUGGAACGAGUUCAGCAGCAACCUCUUCCUGAUGAUCCAGAGCUCGCCUCGGGAGCACAGAUAAAUGUGGCCCAGCAUGUGGGCAACCUAGGCUUCAAUGUUUGGGUCAAGAUGAAGGAGAUGGUUUCCUACUGUCCUGUGAUCCUGGAUCCAAACACUGCUCAUCCAGGCGUAAUCCUGUCUGAAGAUCUGACCAGUGUGAGGCGGGGAACGCAAACCCAGGAGCUUCCUGACAAUCCAGAGAGGAUUGAUCACUUCUUCUCCGUUGUCAGCUCCGAGGGCUUUGACUCGGGCUCUCACAGCUGGGAGGUGGAGGUUGGGGACAAUACGGCCUUUGUGCUGGGAGUGUUAACAGAUUCAUGUCAGAGGAAAGGAGUCAUUUGGCCUGCACUGUGGAGGCUGAUGUUCUGUGGUGGUGAAUACAAAAUACUGUCGCCAUCAGACCCGGGGUCAGAUGUGCAAGUGACGAGGAACCCGAAGAGAAUCAGACUUCAGCUGGACUGGGACAGAGGAGAGCUGUCAUUUUAUGACUCUGACACAGACACACACAUACACACCUUCACACACACCUUCACCGACAGGCUGUUUCCAUACAUUAGCACCUGGUGUGACAUCCCAAUAAAGAUAGUGGCACUGAAGAUCUCUGUAACAGUGGACGGUUUGUUGGAAAAUGCCAUCUGUGCUGAUGAACAAGGCUAAAAAGUUGAUUUUGGCUGCCAAAGCUAGAACCUGCUAAAGAUACUAUUCUGUGAAAACCACAAGCUUUUACUUUUUCACCUCUUCUGUUAUCUGCGUUUCAUUUUGCCAUACACAAAAAUGCAGUUAAUAUUUAAUAAAUCGAUAAUUAGAUAAAGAGGUGCAUGGUAACCUAAUAUUAACCCUGACACUUGUCUUAAAUGGCUUGCUGGUGACCUAGUUGGUGAGAGAAGUGUAACUUUAAAGUAUUUAUUUAUCAUUUUGUAGUUUCUAUAACUUUAUUAAAAACACACCAGCACACUUUUUGUUUUUUGUCCCUUACACUGAUGUAAAUCCAGGUAACACAGAAGAUUGAACAGGUGUUCUUGCUGUGUGUUCUAUGUUAUCUGCAUUUCCAAGGCUCAGCAGCAGAUUAGGAUCAAGUAUAAUAACAUUCAUACAUUUAUUAAAUCUGUUUUUAUUUAUUUCUUAGUCCAGUGAAAUUGUCCAAGUGGGGUAGGUACUAAUUUUCAGAUGGGAGUUCUACAUCUAGAAUCAAAUGACAAGUAUUAAAGCGUGUAUUAAUUUGGUGAUUUAUUGAAUGUAAAAAACCCCCCAAAAAACAGACACAUGUUGGCUACAAAUUGAUGCAAAAUGACUAAAAUCACACGUGCAACACUUUCUACAGAUUUGGCAACAUAGGAAAAACAACAAAAGUUGGAAUGUAUUUUUAAUUUAGAUUAUUUUUAUUUGAUGCCUACUUAAAUAUUUUUUAAAAUAAAGUGCCAAAUCACAAGUUUCCUCCCUGUUUGUACUGUAAGGUAAAAACCCUAGAGUACUACAGAGAACCCCAACAAUCAAAUGAUCCCCCUUUGAGCAAGCACGAGGCGACAGUGGGGAAGAAAAACUCCCUUCUGACAGGAAGAAACUUCCAACGGAACCAGGCUCCGGAAGGGGCAGCCAUCCGCUGCGACUGGUUGGGGGUGAUGGAAAUGGAUUUGGUGCUAAAAUUCUGCUUCAAUAUUUUAAAAGAUUUUUUGACGACUGUCACCAACAGGAAAAAGGCGAGGUUACUGGACAAUUUCUAAACAUCAGAAGAUGACCCUGGCACAGCUCCCAGCUCUGACAUUUCAGAGAAAUCUUUCAGAGAGCCUAAAACACUUGAGGAGCAUUUUUUACUCUUAGGUUUUGCCUUUGGAGAUGAUGGGAUGCCAGAGAGCAUUUUUCUGGAGAAAUGCUUCCAGGUUUUGGUGUUGAUGCUGCACAUUCCUUUCCAUUGCCAUCUGAAUCUGUGCUUUUUUCCUGUGUUGGGGUCUGUGUUCUUUUAAGGAAGAUUUGGAUGUCUUCCACAGCCCCAGACACCCUCUCAGUUUCAAUCAUUUGAUCAUUGUCUUCAUUCUCCACCCAGAGCUUUUGCAAAAACUUUUCUACCGCAUCUUCUAUGAGGACAUAGAGGACCUCAGGAGAAAAUGAACACUUUAAGCCAUCUACUCUUUGUGGAGUCCUUGAGAUGACUGUGUCUGAGAGGGAUACACUCGACUCGUCAUAAAAUUUUUAAUGUUUUUUCAAUGAUGAAGACUUCUUCUUUCUUUGUGAGUUUAACAGAUUGGCGCCAUUAGAUCAGACGUUAAAGUCCACUGGAGAAGAACCUAUAUAACAAGGAAGCGUAUUUCGGGAAGGGGCUCGAUCAGAGUUUGCACUCUGGGAACGAGGAGUUUCAGGUACUGACUCUGGCAGGUUGAAAACUAUGCUUUCAUCAGAGGACACUGUUUCAUGCUUUGGGUAUUUGCAAAUGUUUUUUAGACAAACAAAAUAUUUCCUGUUUGUCUUUAUUGUUUGUUUUAGCUCUUUUGUCAUUUUUUCGAAACAUUUUUUCGCAAACAUGGAAAAGUGGUGUUUGCGUGCUUUUAGCCUGGUGAUUGAAGUGGAUGGCACACAUCUGGCGAAGAAGUCUCUCACCUUAUUGAUAAUUAAUCCUGAAUUAAAGGCAGGUUUAGUGAGCCAUAUUUCUCACAGGGCUCUUCGCUACUUGAAUCCAUGUUACCAAGUAUCUCAUUGAGGAUGUCAGCUGCAACCUCUUCUACUGGGGUUGGAGUUUGGAUACUUUUGGUUCCUGCAGUUGGUUUUAUUUCACGUUCUUUUGUUAGAGCUGAUCCUUCUGGGAGCUCAAUUUCUUCCCCCUCCUCAUCUGAACCUUUAUCUUCUGUUAUCUCUCCAUAAGAGCUCCAUUUUGAAAGAAUAAGAGAAAUCACAGUUAUGGCUGCUAUCACUAAGAUGUUUGUGUCCGUACUUACUGUACUGGAAUCAAAAGGACUGGUAUCAGACCCGCUUGUCAGGCACCGGCAGUGCAGCUUACCCUACAUGCCUUUUAAGGCAUGAGGCAGUGUGACGAACCAUUUUUCCAAUUUUUUAUAUAUUACUAAAUGUGCCGCUGCAUUAACGGCAGGGUCUUCCGGUAUAUCAGGGCUUUGUGCUAUCAGUGCACACUGUAAAAAAAAAAUUCUGUAGAAAAACGGGAAAAGUCCUGGUAAUUUUCUGCCAGUACAUUUUGUCAGUUUUUGUACGGAAGUUGGCAGACUUUUCCGUAAAUGUAAAUUCUGUAGAUUUACAGUAUACUCUCUGUAGUAUUUACAGACAUUUCCUUCAGUUAUAAAACAGAAAAUUCUGUUUAUUCACAAUAUAUUUUCUGUACCAUUAACUGAUAUUUUCCAGUAAUAGAAAAAUCUAAAGUGCUGUUUAUAUUACCAUUUACAGGGACUUCUUUUCACUGUAACUCAUUAAGGCUACGGCCACACGUACACGGGUAUUUUUGAAAACGCAGAUUUUUCUAUGCGUUUGCACCUUUCAUCCACAUGUAAACAGCGUUUUUAAUCACUGAAAACUGAGAUUUUUAAAAACUCCUGCCAGGGUGGAGAUUUUCGAAAACUCUGUUUUUGCAUUUACAUGUGGACAAGGAAAACAGAGAUUUAGUCAUGCAACGUCAAAGGUGUGCGCCUUUUUUGACGUGAUGCUGUGCGCCACAUUAUUGUUUACAUGACAUUAAUUUCUACAAUGGCAGAUAUAGACAAAAAUAUUGUUGCUGUUAAUCUGACUAUCUGCAGUUUUUCCAGACUUACAUAUACACAUACAGUUACUGUCCCGCCGUGUAGAAAGACAGAGGCUUCUUACAUUCAACACAGACACUCUCACUUCCAUCUUGGACUGGCCUCUUGUGAUGAUGGGGGAGUGGAUGUUGGAGGCAUGGGUACCGUCCAUCUGCAAGGAUGAAAUGCCCUGGAGGAGGGUAGACUGACUGUCUGUACAGUGGGCUGUGCCGAAGCACCCUGGAAUUGUGCACCGACCCAGGCCAGCCCAUGUACGUGUCGAUGAGGCGGCCCUGAUGGUCACAAACUGCCUGUUUCUAUAGCACUGACCAUCAAGACCGCUUGGACACUUGAUGCGGAUGUGGCAGCUGUCGAUUGCACCCACUGCUUUCAGAAAGGCUCUGUGGCGUGCCCGGGCUGCAAACCCACGGGACACUACCUCCAGGUCUUUGGGAGGUGGAUGACCUGGUGGCAAAUGGCCACCACUGCUUCUGUGACACGGUGAACAAUGGAGUGGACAGUAGAACGAGGCAUCCCAAACACUCUUGAGACCACCCUGUAGGAUGCUCGACUUGUCAACCAGAAAAAAAACACCAGGGUCUUAAUUGUUGCACCGCAACCAUGCCGCCGAUUCUGCUUCAGGAGAUUUAGCAACACUGCCAGAGACUCCCUGCUUAGCUGAAAAUCAGGCCUAGGUUCCUCCUGGUUGAAAAAAUGGUCCAGGACCUGGACACUCAGGUUAAUCCUGCAGUAUAAGGGUCUCAUCUGCUUAAGGAAAAGGUGGAGAACAACAUAAACAGUUUUAGUGGAAGGGUAUAAUUUCAUUCAUUUUAAGGGAUCCAAGCAUUAUUCUGAUUAUUAAGCUUAUGUAAAAUAUACUAAUGCGCUGUGACAAUUUUCUUUAUACACUUUAUACACUUCAUCUGUGUAACUAAGCAUGUUUGUGUACUCCAACGUAACCCUGUUUUCAGCUUUGUGACAUUUGUACUGCCAUUCUAUGCACACAAAUAAGUUACAGGAUCCAAUGAAUGAUAGGAAAUAAAUACAACAUGUUCUCCUAUCAGUUUCAAGGACAUUUACUUUAUAUAUUUUUUAUAAUAUGGUGAAUGUGUACGAAUGACUGGCAGUCAUUCAGUUAUUGACAUUAUCUGUUAAACUAGCUAUGUAAUUCCUAAAUGCGUGUAGUUUAGGGUAGAUUAUUUUACCUGGAUAUGACUGGCUCUGAUGAGCCUAAGGUACCAAACAUGCCGGCGAUGUUUAUACCGGUUUUGUAGCUCCUCGGAAAUUAAAACAGUACACAA